CUUUAAACCAAGAUAAGAAAAUAUAAGGGAAAAAUACUUUAAUUGUUCUAAAUUUUGUGUGUUGUCGUCCUCUGCAGCACCUCCUGGACGCUCGUUGCCACCGUCGACGACCGCUACACAACCAUAGUAGCUGCCACCACUGGCAUAUCCAAAGGAUUUCUUCGACCAAUUGAUGGGAAAAGCUUGGAUGAAGUUGCGAAAGAGUACUUGAAAGAACUCGUUGACAGGAAUCUUAUUUUAGUUCACAAGUGGGGCUCUGGUGGAAAGAUAAAACUAUGCAAAAUUCAUGAUCUCCUGAGGGAUCUUUGUUUGAGAGAAGCUGAUAAACAAAAGUUUGCUAGUUUUGUAAGGCCAGGGAAUCCCGAUGCCAGAAUUCCCCAGUGCCGCAUUCUUGUCCAUCGUCGACACAGAUCAAAAGAGGUAUAUCUCUCCGAUGGCUCCCAUAUGUUACCUUAUAAGCUCUCUUAUACAUUGGAUCUUCGUAGUGAUCAUUAUUACGCUACUUAUCUUUAUCAAUUCCUAGCUGCUUCCAAGCAUGUCUCACCUGCUCGUUCUUUGAUAUGGGAUUCUUUUGGUGAUCAUUCUUAUGAUACUUCUUCAAAACGGAAUCUUGAGGGCUAUUUCGAAGGACUUUCAGAGUCACCCAAUCUUAGACUGUUGAGGGUGUUUAAAAUAUUUGAUCUUAGACGUAGAUAUUCAUCUUCUUCGGAUGACAUGAAAUACGCAUCUUUCCAAGAUAGUGCAUCUAAGCUGCUGAACUUGAGGUACAUUUCGUAUCCACAGACAGGGCACUCUUUUUCCCCUUCAGUGUGUCGCCUUUGGAAUUUGUCUACUUUAACUGCCAGGCAUACCACGGCAGUUGCUCCACCUGAAAUAUGGAAAAUGCCUCUCCUUAGGCAUGUGGAAUUCUACAGCAUCUCUCUCCCAGAUCCUCCCGUUGAUGGUUUUGUUUUGGAGAGCCUACAGACUCUCUGUACAGUCACUAUUUUGGAUUGCCGCAAAAAGGUGUUAAAAAGAAUCCCCAAUAUAAAAAAACUCAAGAUUCAUGAGGGGAAACUGGAGAGUUGGUCUGUAACCUAUCUCAACAAUCUUGCGUGUUUGCAUAAACUCGAAUCUCUUGAAAUCACUAUAUUUGGUGGCUUUUUUCAAAACUCAAUUCCGUUGGAGUUUUGGAGCAACCUCGCUCUCCCACAUUCUCUCGAGAAGUUGACUUUGUUUGGCACUCGAAUACGCUGGGAAGACAUGCCUGCAACGAUAGGUUGGCUACCCCAUCUUCAAGUUCUUAAACUGAAAUGUGAUUCUUUCGUUGGAUCUGAGUGGGAAACAGUUGAAAGGCAGUUCUGCAAGCUCAAAUACUUGCUCAUUGACAGUUGUGACUUGGUGUACUGGACAACGGAAAGCGCCCAUUUUCCAUGCCUUGAGCACCUUCAACUUGAACAUUUGAUAUUGAAGGAGAUCCCUUCAGUUAUUGGAGAAAUACCAACGCUUCAGUCAAUCAAGUUGGUUGAUUGCAGCACUUCUGCUGGCGUCUCUGCUAGAAAAUUACAACAAGAUCAACAAGAGAACUAUGGGAAUGAUGACCUUCAAGUUCAGAUAGAAAGAUCAACUGGGCGAACUAGCAAAGAUGACCUUCAAGUUCUGCCGCAAUGGAAUAUGUUUUCAGGUUUUUGGAAGAUUGAAUGGAGCAAGGAUAUAUAAUGGUUAUCACAAGUUUACAAAUGGCAGUGAUCACAAGUUUACAAAUGCAUGUUGAGAGGUGCAACCAAUGAUUGGAGGUGUCCUUGUCGAGAGAACAAUCAGAGAAGUUCUCCCAGCCGUGCAGAGGAACAAGGAGGGUCUUGAAGAGGUGAUUGCUCGGCUCAAUGAAGCGUCCGAGAAGCAGAAAAAGGAGCUGGCUGAAUUCGAGUCCAAGUACAAAUUCAGAAUCCGGAAGGGCGAUGGUGAAAUGAGGGAUGAAAAUAAGGAAGGAAGGGAACACGCAGGGCGUCCUCAUUGGCCCUGCCGGAUCGGAUCGGAUCAAUAGCUGUGGGAGGUUAUAUGCUUCUGUAUCAUCCUUUUUUUUGUUCUUUUUAAUAUCUAUGUUGGUGCCUGCUUGUUAAGGAUUUUUGAAGCUUUUCUUGGAUAAAUAGCAGUUGGAGGUUAUAUGUUUC